AUUUUAAAUUAUAUAUUAUUUAUAAUAUUUAUUUUAUAUUUAUUCAAAAUUUUAAUCGAAAUAUUAUAUUUCAUAUAUUAAAUUUAAGUUAAUAUUUAUAAUAAAUGAAUAAAUGAUUAGUACAUGAAUAAUACAAAAAUAAAGAUGAAUACUAAAUUCUGAUCGAAGUAUCGAAAAAUUAUCGAAAAUUAGACAAAACAAUUUACAUGUCGUUAAAAAAAAUAAUGAUGAAUUUACUAUAUCUGUAAUAUAAAACAGAUACACAAAUUAUAUAAUUCUGUCUUUCAAUCGUUUCAAAAAAUUUACGGUAACAAACGUUACCAACCAUGCUCGCAAAUAUUCUAUGCAAUGGUUCAUGCCGCUAGAGCUCGUGGUUGACGACCAAAUAAGCAGCAGCGCAGUAUUAAUCUGACAUUAAUCGUAAUUCUUCUCUCAAAGUAGAGAAGAGGUACCUUUCUUCAAAUUUUCGUAUAAUAUUCUUCAAACUACUGUGAUCAAUUGAUUCGAAAAAAUGCCGCGCGGUAAAUAUGUCAGUUACAAAGGCCGGAGUCGUCACUUCACUAACCCCGAGGAACUGGAGGAGCAACGACGCCAGGAGGAAAAAAAACUCCAAUGGAGAAAAAAUAAAGGAAAGGAUAGCUCUAGUGAUGAGGAUGAGGAACCCAAAGCACAUGGUGAUUCAAUAAAAAAUCAUAGUUCUUCAGGGACAGAUACUGAAAGUGAAUCAGAAUCAGAAUCUGAAACUGAAGGAAAAACAAAGGGUGUAGAAAAUUUAAUUCAAGUUGAAAAUCCAAAUAGAGUUCAAAAAAAGGCAAAAAAAUUAUCGCAAUUAAAUCAAUCUCUAGACUCAGCAAAACCAGAUUUAUCUCGAAGAGAACGAGAACAAUUAGAAAGACAAAGAGCAUAUGCAAACUACCAGAAAUUACAUGCGGCAGGUAAAACGGAUGAAGCACGUGCGGACUUAGCACGAUUAGCUAUAGUUAAACAACAACGAGAAGAAGCGGCUAGGAAACGAGAAGCCGAGAAGAAACAGAAGGAGCUUGCUCUACAGAGAAAAACGGAACUUAGGCAAAAAGCACUCGGCAAAAAAUCCUAGAACGUUUCAUUUUGAUCAAUUAUAAAAUAUUUGAUGUCACAGCAAUUAUUACAUUAACAAUGAUGAACAGUUUAAAAUCUACUUUCAUAUUGAUACUAAUUAAUUAAAUCGAUUCACGCAUUUACAAUAUGCGUUUGAUGAAAAUAUCCUUGUUUAAUUAUAUAUAAAUACAAUUAUUACAAUAACUGAA